UUCGCAAAUUUAAAGGUUUCGUAUUGUUGCAACAUCAAUAACAUUCGAUAGAAUACUGAGACCUCCAACCUGCUUUCAUGGUAAACUGAUUUUCAAUAGCGCCACAAAGCAGACAGGUCACCCUCCUUCACUCUGACCGAGGUCUGCUCAUGACUGUGCUUGGGAAAUGUACUGAUCUCACAUCAGCUUCUUUCGGUUUUCCCAUCUCACCGCAGUGAGUGACUCAGUUUCCCACCGAUCUGCAGUCAGUGUCUGGCAAGCAGUCAAUUUGUAGCUACAAGUGGAGGAAACAGGUUCGGGAUAAUUAAAUUCUUAUAAAUAUUAGUGAUUUGAUUAUGUCUGUCCAAUGCGCAUGCAUGUAUUUUACUAUGGCAAAAAUAAUCUGCCUGAAUACACAGAAAUAUGAAUUGGUUGGUAGUGCAUUUUGUUCCCAAAUACCGUAUAAAUGGACCAGAACUGAUAUAUAGUAUCUCAAUAAUGAAUAACCAAUGAACCACAAAUUAUAAACUACCUAAGAUGCUUGUUGCAGAACACCUAAAGUUAAAGGAGAGGCUAGCGUUGAUUACAGGAGGACAGAACCUGAAUUAAAGGGGAAUGCAGUGUGAGGGAAGGAGGCAGAAAAGGAAGGUUGGAUGGAUGAAGAAGCUGUGAGUAUAUGGAGCUACGGGGAGGAGGAGGAGGAGCGCCUCCUCAGAAGCCAGCCACUGUGUGGUGAUCAACAUCCCAUCCUGGGCAGAACAGCGACAGACCAGCAGGCAGCAGCAGGGCUUCGAGCAGAGGUCUAAGGAGACUCGAGCAAGGCAGAGCGUCCACUUAAAGGAUCAUUGCCUGUGGAUGGACAGUACAAACACCAAUGGCAUCACAGCAGCUUGUGGAUGCGAGGGAGCCUAUCGCUGAAGAUCCAAACCCUGGGAUGGAGGGGGGCACUGUGCCUACCAGUGGUAAAGCAUGCCCUGUUCACAAUUCAGCAGUGGACGAAAACAAGAGGGGCUUCCGCAAAGGCAUUGGGAGGCAUAAUGACUACGUAAAGAUUUCUGUGCCAGACUCCAAGAUCAACCGACUGCCCAUGGAAUGGUGGAAGACGAUAAUUGCUUUCUUUUAUGCCGGCUUCAACUUGGUGCUUACCACAGUUGUCAUCACUGUAGUGCACGAGAGGGUCCCUCCCAAGGAAAGCAGCCCACCUCUCCCUGAUAAGUUUUUUGACUACAUCGACCGGGUCAAAUGGGCAUUCACAGUGACAGAGAUCAACGGCAUGGUGCUGCUGGGUAUUUGGAUGAUCCAGUUGUUUUUCUUUAGAUACAAGUCCAUUGCACUCAGACGCUUCUUCUUCCUCAUUGGCACACUGUAUCUGUACCGCUGUGUCACCAUGUACAUCACAACCUUGCCUGUACCUGGCAUGCACAUGACCUGUGCUCCCAAGCUCCACGGAGACGCUCAUGCUAAAAUGCAGCGUAUCCUGCAGCUGAUUUCAGGGGGCGGUCUUUCCAUCACAAACUCCCAUCUGUUGUGUGGAGACUUUCUGUACAGUGGACACACCGUGAUGCUCACCCUCACUUAUCUUUUCAUCAAGGAGUACUCCCCACGAUCGUUCUGGUGGUACCAUCUGAUGUGCUGGCUGCUGAGUGCCGUGGGUGUGGUGUGCAUCCUGGUGGCUCAUGAGCACUACAGUGUGGAUGUGGUUGUGGCCUAUUUCAUCACCUCCCGACUGUUCUGGUGGUACCACACCAUGGCAAACUUACAGACUCUUAAAUGCUCGCCCAACAACUACCUCACCAACACCUGGUGGAAUCCUCUGUUCAACUUCCUGGAGAGGAACGUUCAGACGGCCAUACCAUGCUCCUACAGCUGGCCCAUCACCUGGCCUCCUGCCUGCCUCAAGAGUCCCUGCAAGAAGUACUCUAUGGUCCAAAGUACACGAGAGGAGUGACCCAAGUGUCACCUGAUAAUUUACCAAAGCAGGUAUUAGAGCAGUCUUGUCCUUUUGACAAGGGCUGCAAAGUUGUGCGGAUGCCGUCUCCACUGACCUCUUUGUGUUGCAGUGUUAUUUAUUUAAGAUUUCGUUUUCUUUUACAAAUGCUCAUCAAUCCUCCGUUCAGCUUUCACAGACCUUUAAGAACAGUUCGGUAUGUUUCAGUAUUCGCAAGAUGUCGAUUAUGGAAUUGCAAAGAAAAAAAAACUUUGAUACAGUUUGGAUGGGAGUUACCUCAGUAUAACAUCAGUGUUUUGACGUCACAAGGUGCCUUAGUGUGUUCAGUGUCAGUGGUUGUAUCUAAACUGCCAUCACGUCUUCUCUAUGUUUGUUAGUAUUUGCUAUAAUUGUAAUUACCAGUGUGUAGUCUAAUCAUUGUGUCAAAUUUAAAUAUAACCAAAUUGAUAUUUCUUUUUUGUUUUUUAUUCAAAAAAUAAAAAUCCUAGAAAUAUUAACUCCUGUAGUAUCAACAAUAUCAUUGGAUAUAGUUUGGUUGUCAGGUCAACAUUUUUAAAUUUGAAGUGUAGA